AUUUCCAUUGCUAACUAUUUCAAACGUUCUCUUCUUUCUACAUUUGCAUCUGCUCCUGAUGUCAUUGGACCAGAACCUGUCCUACCACCUGGUCUAUUUUACAUAUCCAUUUAUUUAAUUUAGGCUAUAUUAAAACCUUAUUUAAACAACUACAUAAAGUUUUUAUCGAUUAUAUCAGAUAUGGAACAGGAAUACUUUAUAACAUAGAAAGAGAAGCAUCAAUUAAAAGUAAAUGUUAAUUUUAAGCAUAUGAAAUUGAUUAACAAGAUUGCACUCAAUUCAGAUAGUGAAGGUUAAAAGUUGCUCAUAAGAUGCCGAAGAUGAA